UUGCAAAACGACGUGACAUUCACAUCGUACAGCACAAAUGUUUUCCAGGUCGUCAAUUCACCGCAACCUGUCAUAGUUGAUUUUCACGCUGACUGGUGUGGCCCCUGCAGAACGCUUGGUCCUCGACUUGAGGAAAAGGUGUAUGGACGAAAUGGUGCUGUAUUAAUGGCGAAGAUCAAUGUGGAUCAAGCUGGUGAACUUGCAAUGGAUUACGGUAUAACUGCAGUGCCCACA